AUAACGGCGGAUUUAUCGAGGCAUACAUUUUAUGACAACAGUGUCACUUGACUUUUUGCGCGCCAGUGCGUCUCAUCUGAAGGAAGGAGUGUGUUGACCAAAUGCUUGCUAUCAUUCCCGCCACGUCUCCUACGUCCGAAUCUCCUCUGGCACCUCUUACAGAAGGCUACUUGUGUGUUAACGUGUGACUCAAAGUGAGAGAGGGGCACAGGGGGAAGCUGUGAUCUGCACCGGGGCGCGUUCCACUCUCCUUCCUCGGCAUCAGUCUGCUUCCUUCCUCCACAUUCGUGCGGAGUAAUCGGGCCAAUUAGGGAAAACGACAUCGAGUUGGAAUUCAUACCGGAGAUUUCUACGUCACUUUUUUUAGGGAGUGUGUCCGCGUUGUCGAAUACCACAACAUCUGCUCGACUCUGGCUUCUCUUACUAACCUCAUCCCCCAUUUCGCGCUCCUUGGGUCGCUCCCUCCUCCUCUCCCUCCACUUUGCUCUUCUCUUGACUACAUCGCCGUCUGGAUGAUAUCAUUUUGUGAAGUCAUUAUAGAAAUGUCAACGCCUGUGCUUUUAGGGACUGUGAAUAAGUCGACUUUCUCCCCCAGCGAAUUCCGGCUGCUUUCUCAAAGUUUCUCAUUGGUGUAGAACAGCAGAAGAACGCGACGGAACCAACACUGUGACCAUCUCCGGAGUGGGUACCGGUUUGGACUUAAAACUGAGCCCUGGCGAAGUGAAAUGAGUUUCGAGGGUUGAAUGACCAACAUCCAGCUGAAUAAUGGGAAACGUUAACUUACCUGCUACUCAUAACUAUGGUGCCUGGGGGGCUUUAAAGUGAUGCAGGUCUUUCUGCUAUCGGAGUGGAGGAGACUUCUUGCAACAAGUGGCUUUGGUCUUUGAAUAGCCCCCCCACUGCCAGCAGCACCCUCAUCCAGUACUUGCUCCUAAUCUCUGAUGGCUCUAUGGCCCAUCUUCACCCUCAGCCUUCUUUGCUGGGAGUGUUUAAGGCCUGUGGAAACAGUUGCUGCGGCAACUCUACCAAAUGACAAACCCAGGGGCCCCUUGGACUGGCUCUUGUCUGACAAGGGGCCCUUCCACCACUCACCAGAGUACAUCGACUUUGCAGAGAAAAACAGACAAGGCUUCUCUACCAGAUACAAGAUAUACAGGACACUGUGGCAUUUUCUGCAUUCAUUCAAUAUAAAACCUUGGCUAGUACUUCAGGAGUUUGGGAGAUGGAAGGUAAACAAUUUGGCUGCAGAAAGAAGAGAUUUCUCAGACUCUCCGUUGCCUUUAACAUCCGAGUUCAUCAGGAAUAUUCGACUCCUCGGCCGCAGGCCCACCACCCAGAUGAUCACUGACAACCUGAUUAGGAAGUAUGGUACUCACUUCCUGUUAUCAGCUACACUUGGAGGAGAAGAAGCCUUGACAAUAUUUGUUGACAAGCGAAAACUCAGCAAAAAAGGAGAGGUGAGCGAUUACUUGGGUAAUUCAACCACUGUCACUCUGGAGGCUCUACACCAGCUGGCUGCCUCAUACUUCAUCGACAGGGAGAGCACCCUGCGCAAACUGCAUCACGUCCAGAUCGCCUCAACUGCCAUCAAGGUGACAGAAACUCGCACAGGUCCGCUUGGAUGCAGUAACUAUGACAACCUUGACUCUGUUAGCUCUGUACUGGUUCAGAGCCCUGAAAACAAGGUCCAGCUGCAAGGUUUGCAAGUAAUCCUUCCAGGCUACUUGAGAGAAGGUUUUGUGCAAGCUGCUCUCAGCUACAUAGCCUGUAAUGGUGAAGGGGAAUUUGUCUGCAAGGAUAAUGACUGCUGGUGCAGCUGUGACGCCAAGUUCCCAGAAUGCAACUGUCCAUAUAUGGACAUCCAAGCCAUGGAGGAGAGUCUGGAGAGAAUCACAGAGACAUGGGGGCAGCUUUACAAAGAUUUUGAGGAAUCAGAUGAAUUCAAGGCAUUUUAUGCAAGGCUGCCCCAAACCCAUUUCCUGAACAUGUCCACGAUCCAACACUUGUGGUCACUUGACAACUUGUUCCACGGGAGAUAUGAGCAGCUGGAGAACAGCAUGCGGGUCCUUGCCAAGCAUGCUGAGAGAGUCAUCUUCAAGCUCUUUAGUUUAAGUAAACGAUGCCACCAACAGCCACAAGUUCGCCUACCGAGAGAGAAGUCUCAGUCCUACUGGCUGAGACAUUUCCAGUCCAUCUUGUAUUGUUCAGAGAACAAUCAGCUUGGUGCAUUCUCUGAGGAACUCCACAGCUGCAGCUGUCGAUAUGAACACAUCCCCUGUCAGCUCCCUCCACCCUGCUCUGUUGGCGAAGGCUCUGCUUGUGCAGAGUGUGCGGCAGACAACCACACCCGAUGUGGGAGCUGUAACCAAGGCUUCGCUCUGCUACAAGGAGCCUGUAAACCAAUGGUGGCAGACUCCACAGAAAACUACCUAGGAUUUGAAACAGACCUCCAAGAUUUGGAACUAGGCUACCUUCUUCAGAGAGCUGAUCGUAGGCUUGAGGUUCAUGCAAUUUUCAUCAGCAAUGACAUGCGUCUCAAUAGCUGGUUUGACCCCUCAUGGAGAAAGAGGAUGCUACUGACACUGAAAAGUAACAAAUACAAGUCCAACAUGGUCCACAUGCUGCUAGGGAUAUCACUUCAGAUUUGCCUUACAAAGAACAGCACACUGGAGCCUGCCCUUACACUUUACAUCAACCCCUUCGGAGGGAGCCAUUCAGAAAGCUGGUACAUCCCAGUCAAUGAGAACAAUUUUCCUGACUGGCAUGCCACCAAAUUGGACCUACCCUUUGAGUGUUAUAACUGGACCCUGACACUCGGUAACAAGUGGAAGACAUUCUUUGAAACGAUCCACAUAUACCUUCGGAGCAGGAUAAAGACACCAAAUGGAGCGAAUGACAGUGUAUAUUAUGAACCUUUAGAGAUGACAGAUCCUGGGCGUAACCUUGGCUACAUGAAAAUCAACAGCAUCCAGGUCUUUGGCUACAGUAUGCACUUUGACCCAGAGGCUAUUCGUGACUUGAUUCUGCAGCUGGACUAUCCUUAUACACAAGGUUCCCAGGACACAGCUAUGCUGCAGCUGUUGGAAAUACGUGACCAGGUUAACCGGAUAUCGCCUCAAGGUCAACCGAGAUUGGACCUGUUUGCCUGUCUUCUCCGACACCGACUUAAACUGACUGCCAGUGAUGUGGCUCGCAUUCAUGCCUCCUUAGAGGCCUUCAGCUCUCGCCUGCCGAGUUCAAUGGAUUAUGAAACCACUAAGCUUUGCAGUUAACAGCUGCUGGGAGGGCGAUCUGACUUGUGAACUGUCACAAGAAUCAUUACUGGACUUAAGUAAAACGCACCAUUCGUGGUGCAUUUGUUUACAGUUGUUCCCUCUUUCAAUAGAUUACCAAAAAAGGCAAAUUUAGAGUUGAGGGCUGCUGCAGAAUGUACUCCAUUUGUUUGUUUUGCCGAGACCACCUGCAGUGGUAUAACAAAGAAUGGAGUGGAUUAAAAGAAAAUGCACAAUGUAUUUAAAAAUAAAACUUAUACUGCAGUACAAAUUCAGAUAUCACUUGACUAACCAUAUCUGAAGACUGUUCAUUUUUACUGGCAAGACAAACUCAAUGAAUGGACAAAUUAAUGCUAAAAUGUUGCAGUCUUUUGGUUUGUAAUUUUUAUAUGUCUAUUUGCUUUCGUAGCGUGCGCUUUCCAUGAAGCCCGGAAUACAGUGGUGUCAGUCCAGAUUUUGUAGAUAAGUUGAUAUUAAAAUGUGCAAAGUAAAAUAACAUAUACCAGCUGUUGGAUUAUUUUUCAUACAUGUUUAGUUUCAUGUCAUUGUCUCGCCUAAAUUGACUCAGAAGUAGAUGCUGAUGUGUAUUGUGCCUUUUUAUUUUGAUAUUCUUUGUAACAUGCUACUCCUACACAGCAAAUGAUUCACUCUUGUCUCUUCAUUCUCCCAUCUUGACUCACAAGUAAACAUUUUAUUGGAAAGCACUGUCGGCCAUCACAAAGGUUAUGAUUUUUCCUUUUACAAAAUAUUUUACACUUGACACUAGUAAUUUUGACAUGAGUUUAACUCUUUUAAACUACAGCGGAACCCACCUGUCUCAACGCUCGACAUAGACGGCUGACGACACCAACGAUGGUUGACAAUGAAAUAAAAUUAAUAAA